AGACUUCGCUGUCAGGGGAAACAAGGGAACAACCCCAGUCGGAAAAUAUGUGCAGCUUUCACCCCUCUGAGGUGCUCAAAGUUUACUGUAAACAAUGUCAGGUUCCAGUUUGUGAUCAGUGUUAAGAACAGGCUCAUGAUGGUCAUUGCACAACAACUAUCAAAAAAGCUGCACAGGAAAAGAGGUCUACAGUUCAGACUUUGAUCAAUGAGAGUAUGGACAUUCUGGAAAGUUACUGUAGCUUCAUCAGAGGCUUGAGGGAAAAAGAGAAAACCCUAAAUGAACAAAAACAGCAGAGAGACAACAGCAUCAUUCAGGCCUACAACCAAAUGGUGCAGAAACUCAAAGAAAGAAAGGACCACCUAUUGUCUGAAUCACAACAAAUACACAACGAGACUUUUGAGGAAAUACAGACUGAAAGGGACAGAGUGUUUGCAGAUGUUGAUGAACUGUCUGCUGCCUGUGAUCGAGCAGAACAAGAACUGCAGCAGGGAUGGGUCGAAUUUCUCGGUCAGCAAACCACUUUGACAGGGGUGGUAGGAAAGUACAGAGAAAAAGCAGCACCAACUCCUGUACAAACCCAGCCUGCUGUCUUCCAGCCCACAGACACCCCAGUGCCAGUAUUGGGACAUGUGAGGGUCCAGUCUCUCCCAUCUGCACCAAUCCCAGCAGCACCUGCUUCCAGGGGUACAGGUCAUCACCAUGGUAACCACAGGCUAAGACUGCAUCAGUCUCUAGAUUUGAAGAGGAUAUUUAAACCAAGGGGCAGGGGUCAUCACUGUGGUUACCAAUGGCAAGGGGAGCCUCAGUCUCAAUAUCACAGGACAACAUUUGGUACAUCAGGAUCUGGGCCAGGGCAGUUUUAUAGUCCAUCCGGUGUUACAGUGUCAGAUGAAAGUGAGAUCUUUGUAGCAGACAGGGAUAACCAGAGAAUCCAAGUCUUCACCCUGCAGGGAGCAUUUGUGAGACAGUUCCCAACAGUGGUGCCAAGUGAAGAGAAGAUAAAACCAGAGGAUAUGGCCCUGGACGGGGAGGGGAACCUGUGGGUGGUGGGGAGGACAGAGUCUGCUCACUGUGCUGUGCAGUACAACAAACAGGGCAGGGUGCGGAGAAAGUUUGACCUACAGCAGACAGGGUGGUUCAGAGGAGUUGCCGUGGACACCAGGAGGAACCACAUCCUCAUCACACAAACCACAGGAGACUGCGGCAACCAACAUGGUGAAGUUUUGGUGUUCACGCCAGAUGGAACACUUGUGGGAACUGUGGGUCAGCAGCAGGGAAUGAAGAACCCACGGCACAUCACUGUGGACAGGGAAGGGAACAUUCUUGUGUCAGACUGUCGCAAUAACUGUAUCCAUGUGUACAACAAGGACGGACAGUUCAUGUUCCCGUUUGGAGGUGAGGGAAGAGGUAAAGGUCAGCUUUGGGGUCCCAGUGGCAUCUGUACAGACAGGGCAGGAAACAUCAUCGUGGCAGACCAGGGAAACAGGCGUGUGGAGAUGUUUGACAAGACAGGAAAAUUCCUCAAACACAUCACUACAGACAUGGGAUGGCCAUGUGCUGUUGCCAUGGCACCACAGGGACAGCUGGUAGUGACUGAUAUAGAGAACCACACAGUCUCCAUAUUUCCCACCUACUGAACCUGAGUCAGGUGAGGAGCAAACUGUACCACACUGCAGACUCACUG